GCUUACAUGUCGUCCUACUGCUGUGUACCUGGCUGCAAAUCUUACAAAAAGAACGAAACGGGGAGAAAUAAAAGUUUCCACCGAUUCCCCGUAUCUCAUCACACCCGUCGGGCAUGGAUAGCCAAAAUCAAAAGAGACAUUGGACCUCAUUUCCAGAUCACAGAAAACACACGCGUAUGCGGGGAUCAUUUCACCGAGGACUGUUUCAUUAAAACUGGAACUGGGAAAAUGAAGCUGCAGGCAGGGACUGUGCCAACCGUAUUUGCCUGGUCUUCCACCAACACUGGCCGGAGAACAUCGAACAGAUCACGUCUGUGCGAGGCUGUUGAAGUGGGUACGCCUCAAGAUGCUGAUGCCUCAACGUCCAGUCUCAACACAGAUACUGAUACCCCUGAAGAGGAAACACCUCAAGAUGCCUCUGCCUCAUCAUUCAGCAUUGUUGCCACCAGUCCCCCAUACCCGGACCACGAUUACACAGCGAGGCCACUGUCAUUGGAGGAGCGAUAUGAAGAGGCCUGUAAAUUCAUUGCCCUGCAAGAAGAGGAGAUCCGGAAAUUGAGAAAUGAACGAUUCUUCUUACAGCGCUUUCAAUGCGAUGAUGGCCAAAUUAGGUACUACACUGGAUUUAAAGACUAUCAGACAUUGAUGGACGUUUUUAAGGCUUUACAGCCUACUGCUGAGACCAUGGUAGGCUGGAGCCAAGCACAGAGGUUAAAACAAAUGGGCAAAGACAUCAUUAGGCAGGGAUGUAGAGAGCAGAGCCUACCCCUGUAAGAUCAGUUUUUCCUCUUUCUCUGCCGUUUGAGGCAAGGCUAUUCAGUGGCGGACCUUGCUUCUCUCUUCAGUGUUUCCCUGGCUACUGUGAGUAGAAUUUGUAUCACUUGGACCAACUUUGUGUACCACAUGUUAGGAUCGCUAGAAAUUUGGCCUUCACGACAAACAGUAGAUGAAUUAAUGCCCCAGUCUUUUAAAAACAGUUUCCCAAAAACUCGAGUGGUCAUAGACUGCACAGAAUUGCCCCUACAAAAGCCUAGUUCAAAAGUGCUUAGCUCUGAAGCUUUCUCCUUUUACAAGGGGGUAACCACACUGAAGUCCCUAAUUGGCAUAACCCCGUCUGGCACACUGUCCUUUGUUAGUGAUUUGUACACAGGAUCAAUAUCAGACAAAGAAAUCACAAACUUGUGUGGGAUUCUGAAUUUGUUGGAGAAAGGUGAUGAGGUGAUGGCAGAUAAGGGAUUUCCUAUUAGUGACCUGUUAUCUCCUCUAGGUGUCACACUAGCUAUUCCACCGUUUAUCAGCAAUGAUAGACAGCUUACUCAGGAGGAGUUAGCUAAGACAGAAAAAAUUGGUGCCUUACGCAUUCAUGUUGAGAGGGAAAUUCGGAGGAUCAAGGAAUACCACAUAUUUGACCCGCCGCUAGCCAUCACCACUUUGGGGUCCAUAAACCAAAUCUGGAAAGUAUGUGCAUUACUUACUAUGUUACAGGAUCCACUUUUCUAAUCAUCAUAUCAUUUUAAAACUGAUUCAUUGUGUAAAUAUUAAAUAACAUGAUAUAUGUACCAAUGUAUUGUCUAUGAUUUUUUUUUUUUCAUAAAUGAGAAUUAUCCAUGCAUUUG